AUGUUGUUCUUCAGUUUCUUCAAGACACUUGUCGACCAAGAAGUGACGGUUGAGUUGAAGAACGAUAUUGAGAUCAAAGGAGUUUUGAAGUCUGUGGAUCAGUUUUUGAACUUAAAGUUGGACAACAUAUCUUGUGUAAAUGAAGACAAGUAUCCCCAUUUGAAGUCUAUUAAGAACUUGUUUAUAAGAGGAUCCACAGUUCGUUAUGUUCACAUGAACCCCAACUCUGUGGACUGUACGUUGUUACAAGACGCAUCCAGAAGAGGUAUGUAA